UCGAAGCGUGGCUUUUGUUUUGCACGUCCCUUGAUCACGUCCGCGCACGAUUCUCGUUUUUUGAAACUUUUUGUACGUAAAAAUCGCGAUAAAAUGAAGCACGGCAAUAAGAACCAGCCUUCCGCAGCUUCCAACGGUGCAGAAACUUCUAGCGCUCGUCCGGUUCCGCCAAUUGACAGCAGUCCCAUCCGGAAAUAUACAGACAAUGGUCAAAAACUUUUGCUGGACGCUAUGAGAGCUGCUCUUGCGUUACCGGCUGGUAAAUCCCGCGACUUGUACUCAACACAUCCGUCAUUUGUUAGGAUAAUGGAUCGUCAUGCCAAUUCGGUACUGCAUACCAUUUCGGACGUUCUGAAGAUGCAAGAAAUCAAGGGAAAUAUUGUGGUGCGUGAUCAUGAAGAGAAAUUCGAACUUCUGCAGGAAUUCAACGACACAAUUCUCGAGCGAAUCAACUCCAACCUGGACGAAAUAGCCGGAAUUAAGAAGAAGCACGAAACCGUAUUGGUACACAGUGAGAUUCAAAUGCCUGCGGAACCACGGCACCAACUGAGCGGUACAUGGAAUAACAGAAAUAAAUCGGCGCCAGCUACGGCUAUGACAGCUACAUUGAUAACCGGAACGAAUAUAGCCAGACCACAAAUUAAUUUCAAAGACCCAGUUGAUAAUUCGCCACUGCAUCCAUUUGUACCGAAGAUUAAGGAUAAACCAAACUCUAUCAAACCGCUAGCCAUUCUACCUGAGUACGACGAAGCAGGCAACGUGGUUAGCUAUCUUCAUCCGUACGAAGUCGAGCUAGAUCGGUUUGAGCCUUCGAAGGAAGUACUGAAGCCAGUUGAACCAACAGAACCGUUAAUGCUCGAAGAUACGCCACUUUCCGUUAUCGACAAACAUAGGCAGAUACCAGCUUUACUUAAUGAACUGAAGCUAGCCAAAGAACUAGCAAUUGAUUUGGAGCAUCAUUCUUAUCGUACCUUUCAAGGUUUCACCUGUUUAAUGCAAAUAUCUACUCGAAGUAAGGAUUACAUUAUCGACGCUCUUGCCCUUCGCGAGGAGCUGCAGGUUCUGAAUGAAGUUUUUACUGAUCCGAAGGUGGUAAAAGUGUUGCACGGUUCGAUAUGUGAUAUCGAAUGGCUUCAGCGGGACCUGGGUUUAUAUAUUGUCAACAUGUUUGAUACGGCGGAGGCUGCAAAGGUUUUGGAAUUCUCCAGAGUUGGACUGCAGUUUCUACUAAAGCACUACUGCAACAUUGAUACGGACAAAGCGUACCAACUUGCUGACUGGCGCAUCCGACCACUGCCCGACAAUUUUAUUGAGUAUGCCCGUAAGGAUACUCACUAUUUGUUGUACAUUUACGAUUGCAUGCGUAACGAGCUGAAUGCGAAAGGUGCCAGUUUUUUGCAGACCGUUUACAACAAAUCUACCUUUCUGUGCAAGCAGCGAUACGAGAAACCAGUGAUUAAUUUGGAUACAAUCAUGAGCAUCUAUCGUCGCUCGAGGCAUGUAUUCGAUCAACGUCAGAUGUACGCCUUCCGGGAGAUUCUCUACUGGCGAGACAAAAUCGCACGCCAAGAGGAUGAAUCCCCUGGCUAUGUCCUGCCGCAGCAUAUGGCUCUGGAUAUCGCGUCAAAGUUACCCCGGGAAAUGCAAGGCAUAAUUGCUUGCUGUACGCCGGUGCCUUCCCUUGUACGUCAGCAUCUGCAUACUCUUCAUCAGAUUAUUCUGAAGGCGCGGGAUAUUCCGCUUAACAAAACCGUUCCGCAGGACAUCGAACGGCAAACGGACACUCGGCAUAAAAUUCAAUCCACUUUCGACAUAAAUAAUCCUCUAUUCUGUCCGCACGACACCAGUCACCAGAGUGCACACCUGGAAACGAACUUACCCACCCUUUUGGAUGCAGCGUCCGGAAAGAUUUCGAUGUACGAAAAAGUUAUGGUAGAUUUGCUCAAGGAACGUCCCGAGGCUAGCGUGUUUGAGAAAUCGAAAACGCGGACGUUGGAUGAGAAAGGUAGACUGAUUUUAGGUGACACCGUAGGAGAGGAUUCUAAAAUCGUUAAGUUUAUCGAACUAUACUAUCAGAAAAAUCAAUUCGCAGGCGAUCAGAAAGCAAACGAAACACGGCAUCUAUCCUACCAGGACCGCAAAUUUAACACACCUUACGAACGCCAUCUUGAAGCACGCCGAAAUCGUGAGCUAAACGAACCGGAGCCAGUUGUGCCACCGCUGCAGAUAAAAGAGGAGGUCGACGAGUUUGAAACAAGUACCGUAGUCAAGCAGGAAACGAAACAGAAAAAUAUUGAAUCAGUGCCUCUAAAGACAUUGAAACGGAGGGAGGAUAGGAAAGUGAAACGAGAGCUGGAACAGACGGAGGAAACGUUAGAUAAAAUAAAAUUCAACGAUUACGAACCAGCUCAAAAGAAAGCAAAGGCAGACCGGCAAUCCAAAGGUGAUUAUCCGAUGCAGAUUAAACCGUUUGCGGGAGCGCUCAGAACCAACGUUAACGAUAAGGAUGCAGCCAGUGAUGAUAAUGAUGACGAUGAUAGAAAUCAGGCUAACAGCAGUAACAAUCAAACUGGCAGUUUUAGAGGUAACAAAAAAGGAAAAAAUAAAAAGAAAAAGUUUAGAAAACCUGGUCCAAUGAACGGUAAAGAUGCCAGACAAAAUUCCAACAAACCAGUUGCUUUCGAUUAUGAUAAGGUGGACUACUCACGGUUCCAAGGUGGAUCCAGACCAAUGCAGCAACACAAAGGAAGAGGAGGUAAAUUUGUUCGGAGGCCUGCCCAGAAUGAAGACUCCGCGCCCGCCGGUGAAGGUUCCAGCAGUGCUUCAAUGAGGAAAACUCUGCACCCGGAGAGUAGAAUAGCAAAGGGUGUUAAAAGAACUCAAAAGAUGUUCAACUUCAGUAGUAAUAUAUUGAAAAAGAAAUGAGUUCAUUUCGCAAGUAUCAACCAGAAAAAAUUGUAACAUUAGAUAAUUUUUUUUUUGCGAAAAAAAGAUUUAUGGUAUUA